AUGUUUCAAUUAACAUUAUUAGUGCUAGCUGCUGUCUCUGUGGGGACUUCAGGAUACCUUAUUAAGGUUCCUACAACACCAUGGCAACCGAGAACAGUUCCAGUUCAGAAACAAGACUGGGUGUAUUUUCAAAGACGUUUAAUGCCUUUAUUCGAAAAUGUUUGCGAUGACAGCAGUGAUUUACUGGUAACAAGUUUAAGUAACGAUUUUGAAAAGGAUUACGAAAAUGGAAAUUAUCUGAAUCCAGAUGUAAUAACCACUCUACAAAAUUAUAAGAGUUCAAAGGGAUUUCUACCUAAGGGUGAAAUAUUUACAGAAUAUAACCAAGAUCAUAUAGCCGAAUUGAAAAUAAUAUUCGAAGUUUUUUAUUUUGCUAAAGAUUUUGAAACAUUUUACAAAGCAGCUGCUUGGGCAAGACAAAACAUUAAUUGUGGUAUUUUCGUUGAUGCAAUAUAUCUCGCAAUCUUGAAUAGAAAAGACACAGAAAAAGUUUCUAUCCCACCACCUUACGAACUGCUUCCCAAUUAUUUUGUUAAUAAAGAAGCUAUUAUCAAAGGUUCAUUAUUAUCAUCAGAUGAACAAUGGUAUAUUACUGAAAAUGUCCGUGAAGACGGGAACUCAUAUAUUGUUGAUGCUGAAUAUUCUGACGGUCCUUACGAAGCUAGUCAACAGUCUUUAACGUACUUUCAUGAGGACAUGGGAUUAAACACUUAUUACUUUUUAAACAAAUUAAAUUCAUUUCCGUGGCUUAAUGUUUCAUUAGGUGACCGACCUAAAUUAGGAGAAAAUUUGUAUCACACGUUAAAACAGCUCGCAACCAGAUAUAACUUAGAAAGAUAUUCAAAUGGUCUCCCAGAACUAGAAGAUUUUGACUGGAAUACAAAAUCGAUGAUACCUUACAAUUCGAUGCUCAUUUAUUCCAACGGAAAAGAUUUUGCACAAAGUAAUUUAGCUGAUUUACUUGAUAACGAAGACUUUACAUUACUGCAAAACAUAGAAGAAAAUAUUGUAACAGUUGCCACCCAUAUGAGAGACAAAGGCUUCGCCAAAGAAGAAAUUGUAAAUCAAUUAAUGGAUAUCCUAGUACUAAGUAGUAAGAGCUACCAAAAUUUGGCAUACAAGCUUCUUGGCACCGACUUUACUUCCGAACAAAAAAUACCUUCGGUGUUAGCACACUACUUAACUGCAGUAAGAGACCCUUUAUUCUGGAAGAUUAACAAAAAAGUAGUGGAUUUAGUUGAUCGUGCUCUAAGUAUAUUACCGGGUUAUACCAGAAACGACUUAAUCUUCCCUGGAGUUGAAAUUGUAAAUGUAGAUAUCAAAAAAAUGAUGACCUCUUUUGAAUACUUUGAAUUCGACGCAACCGAUGCUCUUAAAACUUCGACAAAUAAUAGCAAAUUUCUAGUUAAGUUCGGGCAGUAUCGAUUGAAUCAUAAACCAUUUUCAAUAAAACUUAACAUUUCCUCUUUGGUAACACAAAAGGGAUUUGCUAAGUUAUUUAUUAGCCCUAAAGUUUUUCCUGGACAACUUGGUCAAAUGAAAAAUCUAUUCUUUUUGCUUGAUUGUUUUGAAAUCAACCUCAAAAGAGGUAAAAACAUGAUAACUAGGACUUCAGAUGAGAUGAAACUAUCACCUGAAUUGACAUCCUUAAAAAUUAUAAAGAAACAGUUAGAAGACGCAGAAUUUGGAUUAAACGCUCUACCACUUAAAACGGUAGGAUCUAAGACAGGAUUCCCUUCGCGACUUGUACUUCCUAAAGGUUCUGAAAAUGGUUUACCAUUCCAAAUAUUUGUCUUUAUAGCUCCAUACAUAAAACCAGCAGUCAAUGGACGUAUUGCAAACGUAGAAUAUAAUUUCGAUUCUAUGUUGAAUCCGGGUUACCCCCUGGAUCUGAAUAUUAAUAUGCAUCAACUUCUAGAUCUUCCUAAUUCUCUUAUAAAAGAUGUUAUUAUAACACACAAAGUUGAAAAUAAACCUGUAAAAGAAGUUGUUGAUGUACCAGAAACUUCUAACACUUGGACGAGUAGUGAAAUUGAACCAAUUGGAUUUUUUAAAUCAUCAGCUCGUCAAAGUUUUAAUGCGAAUAAACAACCAUUUGAUUACAAAUCAAAAAAGGGCCAAUAUGGUAAAAAAGAUGAUUAUUUGGCAGGAAGAACUAACUACAAGGUAGAUACGGAAGAUAUUUCUGUAAUACCCGCAUCUUAUUAUACCGAUUCAAUUAAAAAACAAUACUUAGCUGGAAACGAAGAAAAUAAAAAUAAAACAUUUUCACUCGAUGAAGACAUCAGUAAAACUAUAUAUAAAAUAAAUUCUAUGGAAACUGAUUUUUCAGAAAAACCAAAAAAUGAAGAAGAAUUUGACGAAAUUUUAAAAAAGAGCAAUACAGAAAAAAGUGACAUUUUACAGAAACCGACAAAAGAACUGAUAGAAGAAUACAAAGUGGAUGAUAUUGUGACUGAACCUGGUGUAGUUAUAAUAUCGAAGAAACGUAAUCCAACUGUGUAUGAUUUUCUCUUUACUAAUCCUUUCGACAAUUUUGAUAGUACAGAGGAGAAAGUUUAUUAUUAA